GUAGAGUUACCAUGAUUGUAUCUCCAAAAUGUGAUACGUACACAGUUUUGCUUCUCAAAUUGGCCAGGAAAAACAAUUUACUUAAAGGCGAAUACAAUGUUGUCCUCUUUCAUCAUUAUUAUCGACAAUCCGAAUUUCACAAAUCACAUUUCUAGCUUUAGUCUGCUCUGUUUGCUGGAAAUGGAUCUGAUUCCGGGUCUUCCCAAUGAAGUUGGACUUGAAUGUCUGAAUAGGGUUCCGUUUGAUCAGUUCCCAGUUGCUACAUCCGUGUGUAGAAAAUGGAAGGACGAGAUUAUGAAGGCAGAAUUCAGGAACCGCCGGAAAGCUUCGGGUCGGACCCGACCUGUCAUUGCCAUGGCCCAAGCGAUGGUUGUUGGUUCAAGUAGCAGGCUUUCUCCUCCGGUUUGCCGGCUAACGCUUUUGGAUCCCGUCAAAGGGUGUUGGUACGAUCUGCCGCCGAUACCGGAGAUGGCGGAAGGGCUGCCGGUGUUCAGCCGAGUUGUCGGGGUCGGGCCGGAGCUCGCGGUGAUGGGCGGGUGCGACCCGGAGAGUUUCCGGGUCCUGAAUUCAGUUUUCAUCUACAGCUUCUUAACAGGGACCUGGCGGCGCGGAAAGGAUAUGCCGGGCGAGCAACGGCUAUUCUUCGGGUGCGCGGCGUCGGAGAGGGAUGGUGUGAUGGUUGUCGCCGGCGGGCACGACGACGGCAAGAACGCCUUAAAAUCAACUCUGUCGUAUGACGUGGCGUCCGAUGUGUGGACGCCGUUGCCGGAAAUGUCAAGCGGCCGCGACGAAUGCGCGUGCUUCUUUUACCGGGGAAAGUGUCACGUCACUGGUGGGUACCACGUGGAGACACAAGGACAGUUCGAACGGACCGUGGAGACGUUAGACGCCGUCGCCGGCCAUUGGUGCGCAAAUGACGGAAUGGCAGAUGCGGCGAAAAGUACGUUUCCUUCCGUAGGUUUUGUGGAGAUUGGCGGGAGAAUAUACACGAGCCGGGAUGGUGACGUGGUGGCUUUUGAUGACGCGACGAGCCAAGUCAUCGGGAGGGUCCCGCGUGAAGUUUCUAACGUGUCGUUUGUGACAGGGUGGCAUGGGCAGCUGAUGGUGACUGGAAAUGCGAAGUACGGGGAACCUCAAAAGGCUUAUGUGUAUGAGCUGAAAAGCGGGCUAUGGAGCCAAAUAGAAGUCCCCAAUGAGUACUCCGGUCAUAUUCAGUCAGCCUUUUGUCUUGAACUCUAAAUUUUAAUGCUUUCGUUAUUACGGAGUAUAUUAUAAGCCCGUUUUGUAGCAUGAAAAUCGUUUCAUUAUGAAAUUUAUAAAAUUUUAAUUGAAAGAGUUGCAUUGGCUGAU